GUGUCGGGUGAAACUUUGGGCGGAGUUUGCAGCGCAGAGUGGAAAACGUCCUCCUUCCACGUUUCUUGCAUCCGGAUACAAACGACGGGGAACACUUUCAACUUCCACAAGCGCCAAUCAUUAACACUGGCUUUGUGAUGGCCGAUCUGACGAUGCACGUGUUCCUGUCACUGAUUUCCGUGAUUCUGCCCCCUUGUUUCGCUGGAAAUACGGUUUACGGGAAACUUGGCGAUGAAGUUGUUCUGAGGCCUGAUGCAGGCCUUCCCACUGGCCCUCUCACAAGCAUCUUAUGGAAGCACGGCAACGACAUCGCCAUCGAGUGGGAUCCCAACGGCGUGGAGGCGUAUCGUCAGUUCAAACAUCGCACGACGCUGAACAAUGUGAGUGGGGAGCUGACCAUUACGGCCUUGACUCAAAAUGACAGUGGCAUUUACACACCUGAGAUCAACUCCGCUCUCAAAACGCCAAUUCAUCUUGCCGUUAUUUUGUCUGUUCCUGAGCCCACGAUUUUAACAUCUUGUGAUGCUGAGAAGACAGUUUGUACUUUGACAUGCGCCGGUGACACCACGGGGGCCGAACCUGUCAACUACACCUGGAUGAUUGGUCAUUCCUCCAAGACCUACACGUCAAGGGAGAUCAUCAUUAAAAAGGAUACUCCGAAUGAGGACGAGUUCAAGUGCCAACUGCAGAAUCCGGUCAGCAAGAAAUCCAGCCUGUCUACUCGUAACCCGUUCCUUACUGAGCACCAAGGGGGGCUGAAGGUCAACAUAGGCCUGACGCUCGCAAUCUGUCUCCUGACUGCAAUUGUGGUGCUGGUGCUUAUUCACAAAUGUAAAACAGGCAUGUGGUUCUUCCAAAAAGCAUCCAUGCCAUGGCAAGCAGAUUUCUGGAGGAAGGAGGAGAGGACACGUCGAGAGGCUAACGAAUCAAACGGCACUUCGACUCGAGAGAAAGCACAAGGGGAAGAGGCAGCACCAAUGACUGCCCAAGACCGUGUGUGAAUCCAAACCGAGGCACAAAAGGGAAACCGGGCGUCGAAUAGGACUGAAAAGUGAACCCGAGACAAUACCAGGAAAUCCCCCAGCGCGUGCUAUAUUGUCCACCGACAUGCCGACACGGGUCGCCACCAGGGCCGUGUCUGAGGAUGUACUGUGGGUUGCGGUGCCAUUUUGGCCAAGUGUUGCACUGAUGAGAGACAACUGUCAAUCAACAAGAACAUCACCUGACGUCUUUUAACACUAACAUAUUUAAAGGAGCUAUAUCAUGCUAAAUGGACUUUUUGGCGCUUCUGGUCAAAAAGGGAAUUCUUCACCACCAGUAAAGUGGGAUCUCAAAGCACCAGCCCGAUCGGGUUCCUCAUAAUGGGAGAAGCCACCCCUGUUUCGCUGCUGAAGACGACUGCUGCGUUCGAGGUAGGUCGGAAAUCGGAUUUAUCCCACUUCUGACCUCAAAGCGGCCGAGGAGAAUGUCAACAACAAAGAUGGGUGAUUCCGAUAGAUUGUUUAUUCUCAUAAACCCUCUUCACAAUUUCCUCAAUCUAUAUAAAUAAAUGUCGUAUCUUCAAAGGAUUUCACCAAAUAACUUCAUGCAGGUGGAUAGCAAGCUAUGCAGUCAAUUAAUGUCAUAAAUUAGGCUAAAUAUAUGUUUAGCAUUUCCUAAGUUAAGUUUUGCCAUUCACAAGCUGCGUCUCUACAUGGUCGAAUGAUGUCAAAUUGUAGUCCAUUCUUGCCCCCCCCAUUUCGCAACUCUGACCUUCUAGUUCAAAGGGUUGUUGAAGUGCACUUUUCCUGAUUGGAAGUUGAAAAAGUUCCACUUUCCCCAAAUGCAGCAUUAGAUUGUGCCAAUAAUCAUAUAUAGUUAACUGUGGAAAGCUUAAAAUAGCACGAUACAGCUCCUUUGUUUGGUUUUUUUACAUUUUCCUUUUAUUGUCACUAUUUCAGAUUUUAUUGUAUGCUUUUAAAGUAAUGCCACAGCAGUUUUUAUAAAUAGCCUUGCACAUUUCCAUUUGUUGUUCAUAUGUAUGUGCAUAGAAUAUUUUGUGCUACCUAAUAAA